AUGGUUGAAACACUGGAAGAGCUCCAAAAGUUCUUGGAGGCGACCUCCUUACUUGAUCAACAACUUGAAAAGCUCCUUGAAGAACACCAACCCAACUGCCUUGUGGCUGAUAAUUGCUUUCCAUGGACAACUGAUCUUGCUGCCAAAUUUGGAAUUCCAAGGCUUGUUUUCCAUGGAAUAAAUUUCAUCUCUUUAUGUAUUUCACAACAUUUGAUCAAGAUGGACUUUUCAACAUUAUUGAAGUCUGAUUCUGAGCCUCUAGUAAUUCCUGAUUUACCAGAUGAGAUCAAGCUUGCAAGAACCCAGAUACCAAAUUUCCUCAAACAAAAAACCGAGUUGAGAAAAUUUUUAGAAUCGACUGCAGAAACAGAGAAAAGGAGUUAUGGGGUGGUUGUUAAUAGCUUCUAUGAGCUUGAGCCAGCCUAUGCUGACCAUUAUAGGAAGUUCUGGGGAAUCAAGGCUUGGCAUAUUGGUCCCACAUUUUUAUGCAAUAAGGACACUUAUGCCUCCCUAGAUGAACAUGAAUGUUUGAAGUGGCUAAAUUCCAAGACACCCAAUUCAGUAGUUUAUGUGAGCUUUGGAAGUGUGAUCAAAUUUGAUGAUGCUCAGCUCCUUGAAAUUGCACUGGGUCUUGAGGCUUCUGGGCAGCAAUUCAUUUGGGUUGUCAAGAAAGAAAAGAGUGAAGAAGAAAAUAAGGAGGGCUGGUUGCCUGAAGGGUUUGAGAAGAGAGUGGAAGGCAGAGGACUUGUUAUAAGAGGGUGGGCUCCACAGGUGCCAAUUCUUGAACACCAAGCAGUUGGAGGCUUUGUGACUCAUUGUGGAUGGAACUCAGUGAUUGAAGCAGUGUCUGCUGGGGUGCCAAUGGCCACUUGGCCAGCUUUUUCUGAUCAGUUUUAUAAUGAAAAGUUGGUGACUCAAAUACUUGGGAUUGGGAUUGGGGUAGGUGUUCAAAAAUGGGAAAGAUUUGGAGGGGAAAAAGUGGGGAAGAGAAACAUAGAGAAUGUAGUGACACAGAUUAUGGUGGGGGAGAGAGCAGAGGAAAUGAGAAGCAGAGCUAAGAGGCUUGGGGAAAUGGCAGGAAAGAGUGUGCAGGAAGGCGGAUCAUCUUACAAGGAUUUGAAUGCCUUGAUUCAAGAAUUGGGACUCCAUAGCACUGCUUCUAACUAA